AUGAAGAACAACGAGGCCGCCAUUCUGGCAAACCACGAGAAGUAUGACUGCGAAAUGAACUUGGACCAGGUUGUGGAGGAAUACAUCCGCAUAUGCAGCGAAGACAAAGAGCAGCAGGUGAUUGCCGACCAGAAGCGCGACGAGUUCGUCCGCACGAUCGUCAUGGAGCCGAAUGAUGACGAUAUUCACAACUUGCCAAAAGGACCCUUGGCAGCUGUCGUCAAACAGCAAUCCAAUGUCUUGUCAAAGCAAGAAUAUUGUGAAAUGGUGCGUGCUACGAAUGCAGAGCAGCGGGAUUUGAUCGUGCAAAUAAUUCACAGCUUGCAUUCCUCUGAAGAAAUCCUCAAACCAGUGCAAAUAUUCUUCACUGGCCCGGCAGGCUGUGGCAAAACGUUCACUUUGCGCAAUCUAAUGGAGACAAUGAACCGGUACAGCCAAGCUCAUAAUAAGCAGCACCACGCUUAUGUAGCAUGCAUAUCCACUGGAAAAGCAGCGGUUGCAAUAGGUGGAACAACAGUGCAUUCCGCAUUCCGGAUUUGCAUGUCGCGUAGGCAAAGCUCAAAGCUGAGUUUCGAGGCAUUACAACUGUACCGGAACGCCUUCGCCAACGUGAAGCUCAUCAUUAUCGACGAAACAAGCAUGCUGGGUGCUGAUGUCCUCAACACAGUACAUGUCCGGCUUCAAGAAAUCACGGGGAACUACGACGAUCCAUUCGGUGGAAUGCCGAUCGUAUUUUGCGGCGAUCUUCGUCAAUUGCCACCGGUCAAUGCGCGGGCGGUGUUUAAACCGAGCAUAAACUCCAUGCAUGGCGCCGUUUUAUGGCAAUCUCUCGACUUCUACCCAUUGGUUCAAGUUAUGCGACAAACCAACGAGCAGUUCUCCGGCAUUCUCACAAAAAUUGGCAACGGUGAGCGGAUGUCGUCUGAGGAAAUCGAGCUUAUUGAAAGCAGGUUCCGUACGGAGGAGUGGUGUCGGCAGCAUGUCCCUCGAGGGAUCCGGUUAUUCCAUCGGAACGCUGAUGUCGAACGGUAUAACUCUGUGGCGUUGAUGGAUCGAGAGGCUGUCAGAUGUACUGCAGAUGACCUAUACUCUGGUUAUAAGGACAAUUCCCAGCUGGCCAGUGCUCGCACAAAGGUGCAUAAGAUGAGUGUAGUAGAGACUGGUGGCUUACCGUAUCUGUUGCGUCUUGUUCUUGGUACACCUUAUAUGCUGACCACCAACGUGGAUGUCGAAGAUGGCAUCGUGAACGGAGCGAUCGGAGAGCUCAUGCAUGUUGAGUACAACGAAGGAAACUCGCAGCAACAGGCAAUCACGAGGCUUUGGAUGGCAUUCGAAAAUGAGUCCAUUGGGAAGAUGUUGAGAGUGAAGGCCAGACCGCUGGUGUAUUCGAGACCUGGGGUGCUACAAACAGGCUGGACUCCAAUCGUUAAACGAUCGGCGAACGUAACCCUUAACGGUGGUGUUAAGUGCAAAAGAGUUCAGUUUCCCGUUGUAAGUGCGUGUGCCCUCACAGUCCAUAAGUCCCAGGGAGGCACAUUCUCGGAAGUCGUAUAUAAUUACGAUAAGGGUCAGGAACAGCAGCUAGUUUACGUUGGUCUUUCCAGAGUUACAUCAAUCGACGGAUUGUAUCUGACGAAUGCCAGUAACUCAUUCCGGUUCCACCACGGAAAGGGUUCUAUGACCCCUAGAAUGAACGACCUUCGGACGGAACUUGAACGUUUGAGUAACCAUCGUAUGCGCACCAUUACAGACGAUAUCAUGGAAGCUAUAACCGCAAACAAGUUGGCUUGUACGUUGAUGAGCAUCAAUGUACAAAGUUUGAAUGCACACUCGUCGGACAUUGCAACAGAUCAGGGUGCUUACCGCCGUUGA